GUCCCAGAGCGCGUGACACAGGGCGCAGCCCGGUGGGGAGCCGGCAGCCACCAUGGCAAAGGAGGAGGAGGAUGAGAAGAAAGCUAAGAAAGGGAAAAAGGGGAAGAAGGCCCCGGAGCCCGAGAAGCCCAAAAGGAGCCUGAAGGGGACGUCGCGGCUGUUCAUGGGCUUCCGCGACCGCACGCCCAAGAUCUCCAAGAAGGGCCAGUUCCGGAGCGCGUCAGCCUUCUUCUGGGGCCUGCACACCGGCCCGCAGAAGACCAAACGCAAGAAGAAGGCACGCACAGUGCUCAAGUCCACAUCGAAGCUCAUGACGCAGAUGCGCAUGGGCAAGAAGAAGCGGGCGAUGAAGGGCAAGAAGCCGUCCUUCAUGGUCAUCCGCUUCCCGGGCCGGCGCGGCUACGGCCGCCUGCGGCCGCGCGCCCGCUCACUCAGCAAGGCGUCCACAGCCAUCAACUGGCUCACCAAGAAGUUCCUCAUCAAGAAGGCCGAAGAGUCCGGCAGCGAGCAGGCCACGCUGGACGCCUGGCUCAACCGCUCAGACUCCCGCGUGGGCUCCCGCAAGCUGCCCUUCCCGUCGGGCGCCGAGAUCCUGCGGCACGGAGGUCGCCUCCGGAGGUUCCCCCGCAGCCGCAGCAUCUACGCGUCCGGUGAGCCGGUGGGCUUCCUGCCCUUCGAGGACGAGGCCCCGUUCAGGCCCUCAGGCUCCCGCAGGUCGCUGUAUGGGCUCGAGGGCUUCCAGGACCUGGGCGAGUAUUACGACUAUCACCGCGAGGGCGACGACUACUACGACCGGCAGUCGCUCUACCAGUACGAGGAGGAGGAGCCUUACCUGGGCUACGGCGGCUACGGCGGCUACGGCCCCUACAACCCGGCCUGGCCGCCCUAUGGAGACCACCCCCACGGGUACCCGCCCGAGGACCCCUACGACUACUACCACCCGGACUAUUACGGCGGCCCCUACUACCCCACGUACCCCUACGGCUAUGGCUACGAGGAUUACGAGCCCCCAUAUGCGCCCCCGGGGGGGUACGCUUCCCCCUACAGCUACUAUGAUGGGUACCAAGGCGAGCCGUACCCGCACGGCUACUACCUGGAUCCCUACGCCCCUUAUGAGGCGCCAUACCUGCCCUACAACCUCCCGUACGACCUCCCGUACGACGUACCCUAUUUUGAUCCCCACGGAGGGCCCUAUGGCGCCCCCUACGCAGAAGGCAUCUAUGGUGGCGCGGACCAGGCUCUCUACCCUCCGGAAGCACCCUAUCUUUACCCAGAGGAGCCGGCCUUCGCCUACCCGUGGGCACCGCCGCCCAUCCUGUCGCCCCACAACCCGUACGCCCACCCCAUGGAUGACAUCGCGGAGCUGGAGGAGCCAGAGGAGGCGGGCGGCGAGCGGCAGAGCACCUCCUUCCGCCUGCCCAGCGCGGCCUUCUUCGAGCAGCAAGGCAUGGACAAGCCCGCCAGGUCCAAGCUGUCCCUCAUCCGCCGGUUCCGCCUCUUCCCGCGGCCCCAGGUGAAGCUGUUCGGGAAGGAGAAGCUGGACGUGUCCCUGCCCCCGUCCCUGGACAUCCCCCUGCCCUUGGGGGAUGAGGACGAAGACGAGGACGAGGAGGAGAUGCCCCCGGUGUCCCGGGUGCCCUACGCCCACCCCUUCUGGGGCUUCCUGACGCCGCGCCAGCGCAACCUCCAGCGCGCCCUCUCCGCCUUCGGCGCCCACCGGGGCCUGGGCUUCGGCCCUGAGUUUGGCCGCCCCCCACCCCGCCCGGCCACCUCGCUGGCGAGGUUUCUCAAAAAGACGCUGUCGGAAAAGAAGCCCAUCCCGCGGCUCAGGAGCAGCCAGAAGGCCCGGCCGGGCGGCCCGGCGGUGCGGGAGGCGGCCUACAAGCGCUUCGGCUACAAGCUGGCCGGCAUGGACGCGGAGCGGCCCAGCACGCCCAUCGUGCUGCGGAGGGCCGAGGCGCGGGCCCGCAACAACAACAACUCCCGCCGGCCCCCCGCGCCCGCGCCCGCGCCCGCGCCCCCGUCCGCGCCCGCGCCCCGUCCGCCCUCGCACUGGAGCGCGCUCCUCUCCCCGCCCUCAGCCCGGCGGCCCCCCAGCCCCGGCCCCGCGGCCCCGCCGGCCCCGGCCCCGGCCCUCGCAGGCCUGCCCCAGCCCGUGUCGCCCUACGGCUCCCUCCGCCGCCACCCACCGCCUUGGGCCGCCCCAGCUCACGUGCCCCUCACGCCGCCCGCCGGCUGGUGGGCCUUCAUGGAACCUCCUCCCGCGAGCCCGGAGGUGGCCCCCGACCCGCUGGCAUACCCGCGCCCCCGGCCCUCCUUCAGAGGCUCCCGCCGGCUACCAGCGGCCUUCGGCCUUCCCUGGACCCCACUGCCCUCUCCCCAGGCCUCGCUGAGGAGCCUGCCGGGCGUGGGCUACCGCUCGCCCGUGGGGGGCCUGUCGCCUCAGCCAUCCCUCUGUGUUCGGCCCUUCCAGCCUCCCUUCUCGCCCCCACCCCGCCGGCCCCGCUCGCUUCGAGACCCCCUGUCCCCGCGCCGUGGCUCUGGGCGCCUGGGGCCACCGCGCUCGCCAGUGCUGGGCUCCCCGAGGCCGCCCUCGCCGCCCCCUCUGUUGGGCCACAGCUCGCGGUGCCGGUCCCUCAACCUGACCUCGCACCUGCCGCACACAUGGCGCCGGCUCAGUGAGCCCCCAACCAGAGCGGUGAAGCCGCGGGUACGCCAGCCCUUUCCCGGGCCUCCCAGUGCUGGGCCCUGGCCGGUGGCCGCAGCUGCCCCUGAGCGCCGGGAGAGCCAGCGGGAGUCUGAGGACUCAGAGACACCCUGGACAGUGCCCCAGCUGGCUCCCAGCUGGGACGUGGACAUGCCUCCCGCCCAGCGCCCACCCUCUCCCUGGCCAGGAGGUGCAGGCAGCCCCCGGGGUUUUUCCAGGCCACCCCCGGUGCCAGAAAACCCCUUCCUCCAGCACGUGGGCCCUGUGCGGCCCCCUGCUUCCCAGCCUGAGGACCCAGCCUCGGACAUGACCAAUGUCUUCCUGUGUAGACACCAUGACCCAGGGCCUGGACAGUUGCUAAAAUCAGCCAGCCCGAUCCCUGAGAAGCCAGAAGAAGAGGCUGCUCUGGCAGAGCCUCGGCCACCAGCAGAGCCUGAGCCCUCCAGCCUGACACCCCCCAAGGAUUCCCUGCCAGAGCGGAAGGCACUAAGGCUCAGCCUCUCCCACCCGCUGGCCACAUGUGAUAAGAUGAGAGCCACGGGACCACCAUGGCGCCGCUGGGGGACACUGCCCAGUGCCCCAGCCCCCUUGGCACCCUCUGGAGCCCCAGCACCCCUGCCCAAGGCAGGUGAGCGGCGCCAGGCAGGCCCUGGGCGCUUUGCAGUGGUCAUGCCCCAGGUACAAAAACUCAGUGCUUUCCAGCGAGUUCGUCCUGCCGCCCUGCAGCCCCCUGUCCAGGUGACCCAGGACCCAGAGUCCCGCCCCAAGCCAAUAGCCUGGAGUUUGCUCUUGUCCUGUUUCUCGCUACCGGAGGAGGCCCAUCGACCCUGGCCACAAGUGCUCACCAGCCCCCAGUCCUGCCGCCUGGGCCCUGGAGCCAACUGCCUGCCCCAUGGGGGCCCCUGGGAAGAAGUUGGCCCCAAAAGCUGGUGGAACAAGAUGCACUCCAUCCGCAGCCUGCCCCCCACAAGGUUCCGCGAGCAGUGCCGGGACGACGGCGUGGAGGACAUGACGCAGCUGGAAGACCUCCAGGAGACCACCGUGCUGUCCAACCUCAAGACAAGAUUUGAACGGAACCUCAUUUAUACCUACAUCGGCAGCAUCCUGGUGUCUGUGAACCCAUACCGAAUGUUUGGAAUCUAUGGGCCUGAGCAUGUGCAGCAGUACAGCGGGCGGGGCCUGGGAGAAAAUCCCCCGCACCUCUUCGCAAUUGCAAAUCUUGCUUUCGCCAAAAUGCUUGAUGCCAAACAGAACCAGUGCAUAAUCAUCAGCGGAGAGAGCGGUUCUGGGAAAACCGAGUCCACCAAGUUGAUUCUGCGCUACCUGGCUGCCGUGAACCAGAAACGAGGCAUCACGCAACAGAUAAAGAUCCUGGAGGCAACACCCCUCUUGGAGUCCUUCGGUAACGCCAAAACCGUCAGGAACGACAACUCCAGCCGCUUUGGGAAGUUUGUGGAGGUCUUUCUGGAAGGGGGCAUGAUUUCUGGUGCCAUAACCUCCCAGUACCUGCUCGAGAAAUCCAGGAUUGUGUUUCAGGCCAAAAAUGAGAGGAACUACCACAUCUUCUAUGAGCUGCUGGCCGGACUGCCCGCCCAGCUGCGACAGGCCUUCAGUCUACAGGAGGCUGAGACCUACUACUACCUGAACCAGGGCGGGAACUGUGAGAUCUCAGGGAAAAGUGACUCUGAUGACUUCCGCCGGCUUCUGGCCGCCAUGGAGGUGCUAGGCUUUAGCGGUGAAGAUCAGGACAGCAUCUUCCGUAUCUUGGCAUCCAUUCUGCACCUGGGCAAUGUCUACUUCGAGAAGUAUGAGACAGAUGCGCAGGAAACGGCCUCGGUGGUGAGCGCCCGGGAGAUCCAGGCCGUGGCAGAGCUGCUCCAGAUCUCCCCUGAGGGCCUUCAGAAGGCCAUCACCUUCAAAGUGACCGAGACAAUGCGAGAGAAGAUCUUCACCCCACUGACUGUGGAGAGUGCUGUGGAUGCCAGGGAUGCCAUCGCCAAGGUGUUGUAUGCGCUGCUCUUCGGUUGGCUCAUCGCCCGGGUCAACGCUCUGGUGUCCCCUCAGCAGGACACGCUGUCCGUCGCCAUCCUGGAUAUCUAUGGCUUCGAGGACCUGAGCUUCAACAGCUUCGAGCAGCUGUGCAUCAACUAUGCAAAUGAGAACCUUCAGUACCUUUUCAACAAGAUUGUCUUCCAGGAGGAGCAGGAGGAGUACAUUCGGGAACAGAUCGACUGGCGGGAGAUCACCUUUGCCGACAACCAGCCAUGCAUCAACCUCAUCUCGCUGAAGCCCUACGGCAUCCUGCGGAUCCUCGAUGACCAGUGUUGCUUUCCCCAGGCCACAGACCACACAUUUCUACAGAAGUGCCAUUACCACCACGGCGCCAACCCGCUCUACUCCAAGCCCAAAAUGCCACUGCCCGAGUUCACCAUCAAGCACUACGCAGGCAAAGUCACCUAUCAGGUGCACAAGUUCCUAGACAAGAACCACGACCAGGUGCGCCAGGACGUGCUGGAUCUCUUUGUGCGGAGCCGGACGCGGGUGGUGGCACACCUCUUCUCCAGCCACGCCCCACAGGCUGCCCCUCAGCGCCUGGGCCAGAGCAGCUCUGUCACCCGGCUCCACAAGGCACACACAGUGGCCGCUAAGUUCCAACAGUCGCUCCUGGAUCUGGUAGAAAAGAUGGAGAGGUGUAACCCCUUGUUCGUACGGUGCCUGAAGCCCAACCACAAGAAGGAGCCAGGCCUCUUUGAGCCAGACGUGGUUAUGGCGCAGCUGCGCUACUCGGGGGUGCUGGAGACUGUGCGAAUCCGCAAAGAGGGCUUUCCAGUGCGCCUGCCCUUCCAGGUGUUCAUUGACAGGUACCGCUGUCUCGUGGCCCUCAAGCACAACCUGCCAGCCAGCGGGGACAUGUGCGUGUCCGUGCUGAGCCGCCUGUGCACGGUCCUGCCGAGUAUGUACCGCGUCGGGGUCAGCAAGCUGUUCCUCAAGGAGCACCUGCACCAGCUGCUGGAGAGCAUGCGGGAGCGCGUCCUGCACCUGGCGGCCCUCACCCUGCAGCGCUGCCUCCGCGGCUUCCUCAUCCGCCGGCGCUUCCGCUCGCUGCGGCGCAAGAUCGUCCUGCUGCAGAGCCGGGCCCGGGGCUACCUGGCCAGGCAGCGGUAUCAGCAGAUGAGGAGGAACCUGGUGAAAUUCCGGUCCCUGGUGCACACAUACAUGAACCACCGUCAUUACCUCAAGCUGAGGGCAGAGCGGAGGCUCCGGGCGGAGGAGGCGCGGCUCCGGGAGUUGGAGGAGCUGAGCAAGCGGGAGGUGAUAGCUGUGGGGCACCUGGAGGUACCUGCUGAGCUGGCAGGACUCUUACAAGCUGUGGCAGGCCUCAGAGCAGCUCAUGUGCUCCGGGUGGCCCCUGUGCGGACUCCCCGGCUCCAGGCUGAACCCCGUGUCACACUGCCCCUGGAUAUCAACAACUACCCCAUGGCCAAGUUUGUCCGAUGCCACUUUAAGGAACCUGCCUUCGGGAUGCUGACAGUGCCCCUGAGGACACCCCUCACGCGGCUGCCAGCAGAGUGCCACGCGGAAGCCGUGAGCGUCUUCAAGCUGAUCCUGCGUUUCAUGGGCGACCCCCACCUGUAUGGUGCCCAGGAAAAUGUCUUCGGGAACUACAUCGUGCACAAGGGGCUGGCAAUACCUGAACUCCGGGACGAGAUCCUGGCGCAGCUGGCAAACCAGGUGUGGCGCAAUCCCAGUGCCCACAAUGCCGAGCGUGGCUGGUUCUUACUGGCUACCUGCCUUAGCGGCUUUGCACCUUCCUCGCGCCUGAACAAGUACCUGCUCAAGUUUGUGUCUGAUCAUGGGCAGAACGGCUUCCAGGCUGUGUGUCAGCACCGGCUCAUGCAGGCCAUGGGCCAAGGCCAACAGCAGGGUUCUGGGGUGGCCCGCACCUUCCCGCCAACCCAGCUUGAGUGGAGAGCAACCCAGGAGAAGGCCAGCAUGGCGCUGGACGUGGGCUGCUUCAAUGGCGACCAGUUCUCCUGCCCGGUGCACUCCUGGAGUACGGGGGAAGAGGUGGCUGGAGACAUUCUGCGGCACAGGGGCCUGGCAGACGGCUGGCGGGGCUGGACGGUGGCCAUGAGGCAUGGGGUCCAGUGGGCAGAGCUGGCAGGCCACGACUAUGUGCUGGACCUGGUGUCCAACCUCGAGCUGCUCCGGGACUUCCCGAGACAGAAGUCCUACUUCAUCGUGGGUGCAGAAGGGCCUGUGGCCGGCAGGGGAGGCCCCAGAGCGUUGUUUGGGAACAGCUGGGACUCGGAUGAGGACACACCCACCAGGCCCCAGGCCCAGGGACACGUGCCCAGAGUAGCUGACUCCGAUGGGUACUGCAGCCACAACGAGGACGGUACAAAUGGGACCCAGAGAGGGACAGCGAACUACCAAGACUCAGACACCCCGGGAGAACCCUCUGUGCCCCACAAGGGACUGGACGGCUACCUGGACAGCCUCUUCGACCCCGUGCUGUCCUACGGGGAUGCGGACCUGGAGAAGCCAACAGCCAUUGCCUAUCGCAUGAAAGGGGGAGGCCAGCCUGGUGGCAGCGGUAGUAGCAGCACUGAAGACCCCCCCAGGAGACCCCCAGAGCCAAAGCCAAAGCCAAUCCCAGGCCUAGAUGCCUCCACGCUGGCCCUGCAGCAGGCCUUCAUCCACAAGCAGGCCGUCCUCCUGGCCCGGGAGAUGACCCUGCAGGCCAUGGCACUCCAGCAGCAGCCCCUGGGCCCUACCCCAAGGCCCUUGCCCCCGGAGAAACCCCUACCACCAGAGGCACGGCCGCAGUUUGUGGGCACUGGACCCCCAGCCAAGCCUGUGCUCCUCCGCUCCUCUCCAAAGCCUCUGGCCCCUGCCCCUCUGGCCAAGGCGCCAAGACCCCCCACCAAGCCCGUGGCCGUCCCUGUUCUAGCUCAGCACCGGGUUUGUCUAGAAACCACUGCACGCUGUCCAGAUCUGGUCCGGUAUUCCACACUCAACUCAGAGCACUUCCCGCAGCCCACGCAGCAGAUCAAGAACAUCGUGAGGCAGUACCAGCAGCCGCCCCGGGGAGGUCGGCCCGAGGCCCUCAGGAAGGAUGGCGGAAAGAUGUUUGCGAAGCGGCCAGAUCCACACGAGGAGGCGCUAAUGAUCCUCAAGGGGCAGAUGGGCGACCCAGCGGCAGCAGGGGGCAGCCAGGUGCCCAGAGAGGCUGUGGCCUUGGUCAAGCCAGUGACCAGCACACCAAGGCCAUCCGUCGGACCCACUCCAGUGCCGCCGUCGCGGUCUCUGGAGCCCCCUGAGGAACCCCGGCAGACGCGGCUGCACCGCCUAGUGAACCCCAACUUCUACGGCUACCAGGACGCCCCCUGGCGGAUCUUCUUGCGCAAAGAGGUGUUUUACCCCAAGGACAGCUACAGCCAUCCUGUGCAGCUAGACCUCUUGUUCCGGCAGAUCCUCCAUGACACGCUGUCCGAGGCCUGCCUGCGCAUCUCUGAGGAUGAGAGACUGAAGAUGAAGGCCUUGUUUGCCCAGAACCAGCUGGACACACAGCGGCCCCUGGCAACGGAGAGCGUGAAGCGGGCAGUGGUCAGCACCGCACGUGACAGCUGGGAGGUCUACUUCUCCCGCCUCUUCCCCGCCACGGGCAGCGUGGGCACUGGCGUGCAAAUCCUAGCCGUGUCCCACACAGGCAUCAAACUCCUGCGCAUGGUCAAGGGCAGCCGGGAGGCUGGCGGGCAGCUGCAGGUCCUGCGCACGUACAGCUUUGCGGAUAUCCUCUUUGUGACCAUCCCCUCCCAGAACAUGCUGGAGUUCAACCUGGCCAGUGAGAAGGUCAUUCUCUUCUCAGCCCGAGCUCACCAGGUCAAGACCCUGGUGGACGACUUCAUCCUGGAGCUGAAGAAGGGCUCGGACUAUGUGGUCGCGGUGAGAAACUUCCUGCCCGAAGACCCAGCGCUGCUGGCCUUCCACAAGGGCGACAUCAUCCACCUGCAGCCCCUGGAGCCUCCCCGAACGGGGUACAGUGCCGGCUGUGUUGUCCGCAAGAAGGUGGUGUACCUGGAGGAACUACGGCGCAGAGGCCCCGACUUUGGCUGGAGGUUCGGGACCAUCCACGGGCGUGUGGGCCGCUUCCCUUCGGAGCUGGUGCAGCCCGCGGCCGCCCCCGACUUCCUACAGUUGCCAGCUGAGCCAGGCAGGGGCCGGGCUGCAGCUGUGGCUGCUGCCGUGGCCUCCACAGCCGCUGCAUGGGAGGUGGGCCGCAGGAGGGAGGGACCCCCGGUCAGGGCUGGCUGCCCUGAUGGUGCGGAGGAUGGCCCGACUCUCCCCCCGUACUCGAUGCUUGAGUUUGCCCAGAAGUAUUUCCGAGACCCUCAGAGGAAACCCCAGGAUGGCCUCAGGCUCAAAUCCAAGGAAGGCCGGGAAUCCAGAACCUUGGAAGACAUGCUCUGCUUCACCAAGACCCCGCUUCAGGAAUCUCUUAUCGAGCUCAGCGACAGCAGCCUCAACAAGAUGGCCACUGACAUGUUCCUAGCUGUUAUGAGGUUCAUGGGCGAUGCUCCACUGAAAGGCCAAAGUGAACUGGACGUGCUUUACACCCUCCUGAAGCUGUGUGGGGACCAUGAAGUCAUGCGGGACGAAUGUUACUGCCAAGUUGUGAAGCAGAUCACGGACAACACCAGCACCAAGCCGGACAGCUGCCAGCGAGGCUGGAGGUUACUAUACAUCGUGGCUGCCUACCACAGCUGCUCCACGGUCCUCCAGCCACACCUCGUUCGCUUCCUCCAGGACGUGAGCCGGACUCCAGGCCUGCCCUUCCAAGGGAUUGCCAAGGCAUGUGAGCAGAAUCUUCAGAAAACCUUGCGCUCUGGUGGCCGUGUGGAGCUCCCCAGCAGUAUGGAGCUUCGGGCCAUGUUGGCGGGCCGCAGUUCCAAGAGGCAGCUCUUUCUUCUCCCUGGAGGCCUUGAACGCCACCUCAAAAUCAAAACAUGCACCGUGGCCCUGGAUGUGGUGGAGGAGAUCUGUGCCGAGAUGGCUCUGACCCGCCCGGAGGCCUUCAGCGAGUACGUCAUCUUUGUCGUCACCAACCGAGGCCAGCACGUGUGUCCACUCAGCCGCAGUGCGUACAUCCUAGAUGUGGCUUCAGAGAUGGAGCCGGUGGAUGGGGGCUACAUGCUGUGGUUCCGGCGUGUGCUCUGGGAUCAGCCCCUCAAGUUUGAGAAUGAGCUCUUUGUGACCAUGCACUACAACCAGGUCCUGCCCGACUACCAGAAGGGCCUCUUCAGCAGCGUGCCAGCCGGCCAGCCCAGCGAGCAACAGCUGCAGCAGGUGUCCAAGCUGGCCUUGCUACAGCACCGGGCCAAGGGCCACUCCCACCUGCCCAGCGUGCGAGAGAUUCAGGACUACAUCCCAGCCCAGCUCUACCGCUCCCUGGCCGGCUCUGCCUGGCUCGGCCUGCUGGGCCAGCACCGACAGCAGACACAGGCGCUCAGCCCCCACCAGGCCCGGGCCCAGUUUCUGGGUCUCAUCAGCGCCCUACCCAUGUUCGGCUCCUCCUUCUUCUUCGUCCAGAGCUGCAGCAAUGCCACGGUGCCAGCCCCCUGCAUCCUCGCUGUCAACCAGAAUGGCCUCAACUUCCUCAGCACUGAGACCCACGAGCUGAUGGUGAAGUUCCCCCUGAAAGAGAUCCAGUCAACUCGAACCCAGAGACCCACAGCCAGCUCCAGCUACCCAUAUGUGGAGAUCGCGCUGGGGGAUGUGGCCACCCAGCGUACCAUGCAGCUGCAGCUAGAGCAGGGUCUGGAGCUGUGUCGGGUGGUGGCUGUGCACGUGGAGAACCUGCUCAGUGCCCGGGAGAAGCGGCUCACGCUGCCCCCCAGUGAGAUUACGCUGCUUUGAUCCAGCCCCCAGCCCUCCUGCUGCCCUUUACCAGAAGGCUUGCUGUGUGGCCCCAGGGGACUUACUGGGCCUCUGUGGGCCAGUGACCCCUGGAAGGGGCCAGACCCUUGAUGCGGAGACCAAGAUUGGGUAGGACAAAUGACCUAAGUCCCUGGGAACACAAGAAGACAGAUCCACAACUGGGAUGGAAUUGCAGUGUGCAAACUUGGGUCAGAUAACAGGAAGAACUUCCAAAGGCUGGCCCAUGGGGACUGGAGUCACAUACCCCAUAUGGGCCUGGCCCUGACUCACACCCAUGGCAGAGAAGCCCCACACCAAUGGCCUAGUCAAACUGGACUGUGAAUUUGGUUUACCGCAGGUCUGACUUUUUAAAAAAGAUUUUAUUUAUUUGACAGACAGAGAUCACAAGUAGGCAGAGAGCCAGGCAGAGAGAGAGGAAGGGAAGCAGGUUCCCUGCUCAGCAGAGAGUCCGAUGAGGGGCUCGAUCCCAGGACCCUGGGAUCAUGACCUGAGCCAAGCGCAGAGGCUUAACCCACUAAGCCACUCAGGUGCACCAGGUCUGAUGUUCAAGUCUGCCCCAGCCCCACAUCUCAGCCCCUCACGUGUCCUCCUUGAGUGCUCCAUGCACUGCUGGUCAGCUGGGAUUUGGGACCCUUGGUCAUGUCUGUGCACAUAAAAGAUGUGCCUGGCAGCCAUUCCUCCCCCCCGCCCCCAUGCAGUUGCUGAGUAGCUGGAAAAGCGGUGUAAGGGAGGAGGCAGGAACUGGAGGCCCAGCUGGGCCCCUGACUCACUGCCCGUGAUUACAGCUUCUAGCAGAGACCUGUCCCUACUUCUCCCUGCAGACCCCUGUCCCCCAACUCCACACUCAUUAGGUGGCCUCGACCCCAGGGCCCCAUUGCUGAAUGGCUUACACAAGGUUUGAGGGGUAUAGUGGUGGGAGAGAGAAGUUUCACAUCAGAGUCUGGGGAGGAAGAAGUCUGGGAAAGGCUUCCUUAGAGAAGGGAACAUUGGUGUUGGGUUUUGAAGGAUGGGUAGAUGUUUGCUAGGAAUAGAUGGAAGGAAAGUGAAUGAACGUUCCAAAUAGACAAAACAGUGUUCGUUCCCUACUGUUAUCCCCCCAGAGCCUAGGACAAUGCCUAUCACAGAGUGGGCACUUAAGCGUUUGUUACACGGAUAAAAGAAUAAAUAAAUGUUGA